UUCCCUGGAUUUGACGACCUCUACUGCAAGUUCUGCUUUGUCUAUGGCCAGGACUGGGUUCCCACAGCGGGCCUGGAGGAGGGCAUCUCCCAGAUCACCUCCAAGAGCAACGUGGCACCCACCACCCUCGUCUGGAACUUCCCCAUCGACAUCACCUUCAAGAGCACCAACCCCUUCGGCUGGCCCCAGAUCGUGGUGAGUGUCUAUGGACCUGACUUCUUUGGCAACGACGUGGUCAGAGGUUAUGGAGCUGUCCACGUUCCCUUCACACCUGGCAGGCACACAAGGACCAUUGCUAUGUUUGUUCCAGAGUCCACCUCGAGGCUGCAGAAGCUCACAAGUUGGUUCACAGGGAGACGUCCAGAAUUCACUGACCCCAGAGUGGUGGCACAGGGAGAAGGAAGAGAAGUAACGAGGGUACGGUCUCAAGGCUUUGUGACCAUUUCCUUCAACGUGGUGACCAAAGACAUGAAGAAGUUGGGCUACGACGUGUGCUCCAGUGACCUGCAGAACCUGGUGCCUGUUCCUGAUGGGAUUCACAAGUAUUGA